AUGUCAAUUGAAAGAGAAGCUAUAUGGGCUCCGCUGCCUAAUACUGCAAGAGCCAUUACCACUCAUUUGUCAUAUGACAAAAAAUCUGAUAGAAUUGCUUAUGCCUCAGGGAAAUCAAUCUUUAUAAGAUCAGUUGAAAAACCUGAAGAAUCUGUCCAAUUUACAAACCAUACUUUUAACACCACUGUUGCAAAAUUUGCCCCAUCAGGUUUCUAUAUUGCUUCUGGUGACGAAUCUGGUAAUGUCAAAAUUUGGGAUACUGUGGGUGAAGAUUUAAUAGUUAAAGGUGAAUAUCAAAUCAUUAAUGGUCGUAUAAAUGAUAUUGCAUGGGAUGCUGAUUCGCAAAGAAUCAUUGCUGUAGGUAAUGGUAAAGAACGUUAUGGUCAUGCCUUCACUUGGGAUUCUGGUAAUACCGUUGGUGAAAUUUCUGGACAUAGUGCACAAAUCAAUGCAGUUACAAUUAGACCUGCUAGACCUUAUAGAGCUGCUACUGUUGGUGAUGAUUCUGCUUUAGUGUUUUAUCAUGGUCCCCCUUUCAGAUUUAACUCAACAGCAAGAGGAAAUCAUACCAACUUUGUUAGAGAUGUAAGAUAUUCACCAAGUGGUGAAUUCUUGGUGAGUGUUGGUGCUGAUAGAAAUAUUGUUGUUUAUGAUGGUAAGACUGGUGAAUUUAUUAAAAAAAUUGGAGAAGGUAAACAUCAAGGUGGUAUUCAUGCCAUCAGUUGGGUUGAUAAUGAAAAAUUUGUUACAUCAUCUGCCGAUGCUACAGUGAAAUUAUGGAAUGUUAGUGAUGGUGAAUUGUUGAAAAGUUGGGAAUUGGAGAAAAAACUUGAAAAUCAACAAGUUGGUGUUAUUGCAACUGAUAAGUAUGUUAUUGCUUUAUCAUACUCUGGUGAUUUGAAUUAUUUCACUCAAGAUUCUGAUAAACCAGUUAAAUCUGUUAAAGGUCAUCAAAAAUCAAUCACUGCAUCUACAGUGACCAAAGAUUGGUUAAUCACUGGUAGUUAUGAUGGAAGAAUUGCUAAAUGGGAUCUUGAAAAGGGAUCCGCAGAAUAUGAAGAAGGCCAUUCAAACUUAAUUGCAGGGUUAGCUGCUACUGAAGAUUCAGUUUACUCAGUUGGUUGGGAUGAUAAAUUAAAAUCAUUAGAUGGUAAAAUUUCAAGUGAAUUACCUGGACAACCAAAAAGUGUCUCAUAUGACUCAAAACUAGUUGCCAUUAUCACUGAAGAGAUUUUGAUAGCUUUCGCUAAUGGUAAGGAAUCUUUCCAAACAAAAUUAUCAUCUACAGCCACAGCAGUUGGUGCUUCUUCAAAAUACAUUGCAGUUGGAUUUCAAAAUAAUACAAUAACCCUUUAUAAUGCCACUUCAGGCUCAAAAGAAUUUGAUUUACCACCAACAAGAGCUGCACCAAGCUAUCUAUCAUUCUCUCCAAAUGGAGAAUAUUUAGCUGUUGGUGAUGUUUCUGGUAAAAUCAUUUUGUACAAUGUUGAAAAGAAGGAAAUUCAAACAUCUAGAUGGGUAUUCCAUACUGGUCGUAUAAAUUCAAUAUCUUGGAAUAAGGAUAACAAUAGAGUUGUUAGUGGUUCAUUAGAUACAAAUAUUAUUGUCUAUCAAGUUGACAAACCUAUUAAAAACAUCAAGUUCCUUGGUGCUCAUAAAGAUGGUGUCAAUACAGUUGAAUGGAUCAGUGCUGAUGAAAUUAUAAGUGGUGGUAAUGAUGCUACACUUAAAAAAUGGAAAGUUAAUAGUGCUUAG